AUGGAUUCUGACUCUGAUAUUUCGAGGGUACUAUUCAAUACGGCUUCCUAUAGAUUUGAUGCUUUAAAUGGGAUUUCAAGAGGCGAAUUUGUAUCAAUAAACUCACUGGUUUUGGAUAGUGAGAAAGAAGAACUAGUGAAGCCCCCUCCAAAUCCAAUAAGUGGUGAGAAAAAGAUUUGUGAUGCUAAAAAAACUUUGGUAGCUUUGAAGAGUCAUAGGGAUGCAGAGAGGAGAAGAAGAAACAGAAUUAAUGGUCAUCUUGCAAAACUUCGAGGACUUGUAUCAUGUUCUCCAAAGAUGGAGAAAGCGACCUUACUAGCCGAGGUUAUUAGGCAAGUUAAGGAACUGAAAAAGAAUUCAGAUGAAGAAAGCAAAGGUUAUCUAAUUCCAAAAGAUAGUGAUGAAGUGAAAGUUGAAAUUGAACCAUGUGAAAAUGGUGGAGUAGAUGGAUCAAUUCUUUACAAAGCAUCAAUCUGUUGUGACUACGGACCAGACCUUCUAUAUGAUCUAAAGCAAACUCUUGAUACACUUCAACUGGAAUUGGUGAGGGCAGAAUUGUCAACUUUGGGAGACAGGGUUAAGAAUGAAUUUGUGUACACAUGUUGUAAAGUGGAUAUUUAUGAUGUUGAGUUAUGUCAAGUUAUUGCAAGUAAUGUUCAUCAUGCACUUAGUUCUGUAUUGGAUAAGGCUUCUGCUUCAAUGGAUUAUGAAUUAAGAAGGCCACGUCCUUGCAUUCAGCUUCAGCACACGUCUGCUUUGUCAUGCAACCAUAAAUUUUGUUCAUGUUGA